AUGCCGGCCGUCAAAAAAGGCAGAGUGACGAAAACCAAGGCCAAACAGUCAUCGCGACGAAACUCGACUCGACGUAGUUUGAGAGGAAGGGAAGACGAUGAUCAGAAUAAAGAUCCCAAACCACUACCUCUGGUAGAGCGCACCAACAGUCUAUCCAUCGAAGAAUUCACCGAGCUGUAUGUCAAGCCGGAGCCCCUUGACUACAAUUUACUAUUGUGUCCAAAAGACAAAUAUGGUCGAUCUGACGGCAACAAGCCUCACACGGAAAUGCACUGCACCAUUGACGUUUACUCAUCCAGUGCGAUUCCCGCCGAGGAAUUCAAUGCGUGUUUCAAUCUCGUCGAGCAAACGUCGGCAGAGGCUUAUAGGAAGUCCAGCUGGGGAUGGUCUGCGGCUCGCAAGCGAAACGAGAUGCUAUUGCCUGAUAUGAAAUAUCUUAUUCAGCGACGCAGCCGGUUAGGUCCACCGGAAGUGACCAUGGCGAACGGCAUAUCCUUCCAGAGGGAAGAGCUGCUGGCGUUCCUUUCGUUUAUGGUCACGUACGAGGAUGGCAAGGAAGUAAUCUACUGUUAUGAGCUCCAUGUGGUCCCAAAGGCUCAGGGCCAGGGGAUUGGAAUGCAUCUGUUGGAGUUAUUGCGAUCAAUCGGGCUCAAAAUUGGACUGGAGAAGGCUAUGUUGACCUGCUUUCGGUCUAACCAUCGCGCAUUGCGGUUAUACAGUUUAAUUGGUUACAAGGUGGAUGAGAGCUCCCCCAGGUCGAUAUGGUUGCGGACAGGAGAAGUGGAGCCUGACUACUAUAUCAUGUCUGAAUCUCUGAAAGAGGAGCCGUCACAUGAGAAUGACAAUGUUUGA